GAAGAGAGAAGAGAGAGAGAGACAGAGAUGGUGAGACUUGGCGGGAAGAGAGUGCGUCAGGUGGUGGAGUUUAGCGGGAACGGAGUGGGUCAGAUUUUGGUAGCCUUAGCUACAGCUCUCCUCCUUCGAUUGUUCUCCGGCCCUGGCCCUGCUCUGUUGCCUGCAAAUGAGGACGUCAACGACGAAGACGAUUACACUGUAAAAGAUGAUGAUGGAGAACCUCAUGUCAAUGAGGAAGACCAUCCUGUGUCUGGAAAAGUUUUUCCGGUGACAAUUCAAUGGAGCAACAUCACAUGCUCCCUCUAUGACAAAUCCAGCAAAAAUGUACGAUUUCUUCUAAAUAAUAUGAGUGGAGAGGCAAAAUCUGGAAGACUACUCGCGAUCAUGGGGCCGUCAGGAUCAGGGAAGACAACACUGCUUAAUGUUCUAGCUGGUCAGCUCACUACUUCACCCCGCCUGCAUCUGUCGGGUCUACUACAAGUCAAUGGACAACCUAUAUCAAAGAAAGCUUACAAGUUUGCUUAUGUGAGACAGGAAGACCUUUUCUUCUCACAGCUAACAGUUCGUGAAACACUAUCCCUCGCGGCUGAACUUCAACUUCCCCACUUGGCUUCUGCAGAUGAUAGAGACGAGUAUGUGAGCAACCUCCUGUUCCGUUUGGGCCUGGUUAGUUGUGCUGAUUCCAAUGUGGGUGAUGCAAAAGUCCGUGGAAUCAGUGGUGGUGAAAAGAAACGUCUAUCAGUUGCAUGUGAACUGAUUGCAAGCCCAUCUGUUAUAUUUGCCGAUGAACCCACAACUGGGCUCGAUGCCUUCCAGGCAGAGCGGGUAAUGGAGACAUUCCGGCAGCUUGCAGAGGAUGGACACACUGUAGUUUGUUCCAUUCACCAGCCUAGGGGUUCAGUGUACAGAAAAUUUGAUGACAUUGUAUUGCUAACUGAAGGUGCACUGGUUUAUGCUGGUCCUGCUCAUGGAGAACCACUUGCAUACUUCUCAACAUUUGGAUAUCCAUGCCCAGACCAUAUUAAUCCUGCUGAGUUUCUGGCUGAUCUCAUAUCUAUUGACUACACUUCUUCUGAAACUGUCUACUCUUCCCAGAAGAGGAUUGAAGGUCUUGUUGAGGCAUUCUCGCAGAGGACGUCGACUAUUCUUUAUGUAACUCCCCUUAUCAGAAGUGAAUUCUUUAAGAACACCACAAGGGUUGGAAGGAAAUCUGUUGUCAAGAGAAAGGUUGGUUGGUGGAGGCAGUUCUGGUUGCUUCUGAAACGGGCAUGGACGCAGGCUUCUCGCGAUGGUCCUACAAACAAAGUUCGGGCAAGAAUGUCUGUUGCAUCAGCUAUAAUAUUUGGGUCAGUUUUUUGGCAAAUGGGAAGAUCUCAAACAUCUAUACAAGACAGAAUGGGACUACUCCAGGUUGCUGCAAUAAACACAGCAAUGGCUGCACUUACAAAAACUGUGGGCAUAUUUCCCAAGGAACGUGCAAUUGUUGAUAGAGAGCGUGCCAAGGGGUCCUAUGCAUUAGGACCAUAUCUACUUUCAAAGCUAUUGGCUGAGAUACCUGUUGGAGCAGCUUUUCCUUUAAUUUUUGGUACAGUUUUGUAUCCCAUGGCUCGUCUUCAUCCUACAUUAUCAAGAUUUGGGAAGUUCUGUGGUAUUGUAACCGUGGAAUCAUUUGCUGCAUCUGCUAUGGGUCUAACUGUCGGAGCUAUGGCUCCAACAACAGAAGCAGCAUUAGCCUUGGGGCCAUCCCUUAUGACAGUUUUUAUUGUUUUCGGUGGUUAUUAUGUUAAUGCUGAUAACACACCGGUGAUCUUUCGCUGGAUUCCUCGGGUUUCUCUCAUCAGAUGGGCUUUCGAAGGGCUUUGCAUCAAUGAAUUUAGUAGUCUUCAAUUUGAUCAUCAGCAUUCCUUUGACAUUCAGACUGGAGAACAGGCACUUGAGAGGCUCUCAUUCGGAGGGAGACGCAUUAGGAGUACAUUGGUGGCACAGGGUAGGAUACUUUUGUUUUGGUAUUGGACCACUUACCUUCUUCUUGAGAAGAACAAGCCCAAAUACCAACAGCUUGAGACUCCUAUCCUUGAUCAACCCCAAUCACACAAGCAGUUUGAGUUUGAGGUUCUUUCCGUUGAACAAGAUGAGCCAUACCAGCAACUUGGGACUUCUCCCCUUGACGAAGUCAAACCAGAUGAACAGCGAUGAGCAAAGAGCAGAGUUCACAGAAGAUACGUAUUAACAUAGCGAAAAUGUCAUCACUGGCCAGUCCAUAUAAAGAAGCUCUUUCAGGUUUUAUAAGGGGCUUAUAGGGGGAAAUGACCUGCAAAGACAUGGAUGAUUGUCAUAGUUUGAAAUAGUUAAGCAGGUGGUAGAUUAGUCUGACUAUCUAGUAAGGCUUGCGCAGAAUAUUUGUUCUUUAUCCCUUUUAGUUUCAGUGCCAUUCAACUCU